UCUCUCUGUCCUAACAAUAAAUAUUGAUAAACCCAAGAAUUAUUCAUUAAAAUAAUACAACCAUUGACUCUUUGGUAGGAUUUAGAUCUGGCCCUUUGGUUAAACCACAAUUAUUCAUCCACUAAUCUUGUUAGAGUAUUCUAAUGUGAGUUAAGAGACACAAACAUUUCCUCCUUCAUUGCUGGUUAUCCUCAGAUUGAUCUUUUCUUGUUAGCUUUCUCAUACUGCUAUCUUUAUCAGGUAUUUUUCGACAAACAUUUUUCAAAAUCUCUUUUUCCAGGACUGGAUCAGAACUUGGAGAUACAAAAAGGACAAAAGAAGAUCGAUCAACUGCUCUUCACGCUCACAAACUUUGAUGAACUUGCAGGAAUUUCCAACUUUAUCUACGAAAAAUGGUUCAAAAUGACAUUGACGAUGCAAUAGAUCAGAUAGGAAUCAUCAAGAGUGGAGGUGAUCUGAGUAGCGUCGAGGUUGAUCAUAUUGAGGAACUUGAACUGGAGCUAAGAUUUUUGAGGACCUUUAUAAAGUACAAAAAUGUUCUUUUGCCUGAUUUCUUGGUCAAAAUCACAAGGACGGCCCAACAGAUUGUGAAAAAGCUUGAUUUUGGUAGAAUUCCAGAUGAAUGCAGAACUAACGUUAAUGUGGAAAGGCUAGUAUCUCAGUUGCAGGAAUUCGUUGAAGGAAAUACCAGUUCAAUGUGCAAUUUUGAGCUGGAUGAUUCUGAUCCGACGAAAUAUAUGGAUUACCUCAACAAGAAUCUAAAUGAUUCACUGAGGCAUCUAUUCGGUGUGUCUAACCCAUAUAGGAAAAAGGAAAUGAAAAUCCUUAAGAAGCAAUUGACCUUCAUUCAGAAGAAAAUGAGGUUUCUAAGAUACUUAUAUGACACAGAGAUAAAUGGUUACGUCGGCCAUGAGAAGUUAAAAGGUUUGCGAACCCAAAUUCAGUUAAUGGAUGAAAAUAUGGGACACUUCUAUCUUUCUCUUUGGUAUGGUGGAGAUCAAACACUUGUGUCUUGCUCUUUAUGCCUGAUUGUAUUAGUGGAGCUGGAAUUGAAGAAGAUUUUUCUUGGUGAACUAAAGGCUUCAAAGUUUACUCAAUCAAAAACUUUCAGGGAAAAGAAAUUACCAAAAGGAUUUUCACAUCAUCUCCACAGUCUGCUGAGGCAUCUUAAGAACUUUUCCUCCGCUCGAAACAUUGAUGUGGCUGUAGAGUUCUUGUUGGUUUUUCUCGGUGAUGUGCCAAAUCAUGCUAUUAAUGGCAAGAGGUUGAAUGAAGUCUUAGCAAAGAUUGGAGUUGUUGUGGGUGACAUACUAUGUGUAAUCAAAGAAGAUGCUAUCAAGAUUGAUGAUGCUAUGAUACAAAUAUUGGAGAAAAUUGAAGAUCUAAAGGAAGAUGCGGAAGAGAGGUACAAAUCCUUAAAAUACAGUCCAUCUAGUGAGUUCCCCACAAUUGGUGGAUUGAACUUUCUUGAUUCAUUUUUAAGGAAAUUGAAUGAUAUGUUGAGAUCUGAAUCAAGUUUAGAUUUAAUAAUGAAACCCUAUAUUGGAAUUUUAGAUGAAGAUCUUUCAUAUCUAACAUCUGUGUUCAGAGAAGUUGCAAAGGUACAACAUCAACAUGAAGAAAUUCUUAAAGAUCUUCAAAGGCGUACUGUCAGGUUGGCAUACGAAGCUGAAGUAUCCAUCGACUCUAUUGUUGUUCAAUAUAAUGCUCUUUCACAUUAUUUUUUCUCGCUUCCUGCAAUCAUCAAAGAGAGCAAGCAAAUUCUUGCGAAGGUGAAGGAGAUGAGUUUUCAGAACCUUCCUCUUAAGCCCUUCUCUGAGGUAGAGCCAUCUAAGCAUCUUCCAACUCAUCGUAGCAAUCCUGUGAAUGAUGAGGAGAUAGUUGGAUUUGAGAAUGAGUCAGAAAAAAUAAUCCAAUAUCUGAUUAGAGGAACCAAUGAGAUAGAUGUCGUCCCAGUUGUAGGCAUGGGGGGGCAAGGGAAAACAACUAUUGCCAAAAAGGUGUACAAUAAUGGCAGCAUUGUUCGCCAUUUUGAUGUUCGAGCAUGGUGCAUCAUUUCUCAAUCAUAUAACCGGAGGGACCUAUUACAAGAGAUUUUUAGUCAAGUUACAGGUAAAGAGGAUAAGGGAGAUAAGGAAGACAUCCUUGCUGACAAGUUGAAGAAAAGCCUAACGGGAAAGAGAUAUCUCAUUGUCUUGGAUGAUAUGUGGGAUGGUAAGGCAUGGGAUGACUUAAGGUUUUCGUUUCCUGAUGUUGGAAAUAGAAGCAGAAUAGUAAUAACAACUCGACUUGAGGAAGUGGCUAAGCAAGUCAAGCACCAUAUUGAUCCUUAUUCUCUUCCAUUCCUCACAUCCGAUGAAAGUCUGAAGUUGUUGCAGAAAAAGGUGUUUCAACAGGAAAGUUGCCCUCCUUCACUACAAGAUGUGAGUAAAGCAGUUGCGGAAAGAUGCAAAGGAUUGCCUCUGGUGAUUGUUUUGGUUGCUGGAAUAAUCAAAAGGAAUAAAAUGGAAGCCUCUUGGUGGCAUGAGGUUAAAAAUUCUCUGGUUUCCUAUAAUGGUGAGUCUGAAGGAUAUAGUCUUUCGACCAUGCAGUUAAGUUAUGAUAACUUACCUGACCAUUUAAGACCGUGCCUUCUUUACAUGGGGAUGUUUCCGGAGGACGCAAGAAUUCCAUUGUCUGAAUUGAUAAGUUUAUGGAUAGCGGAAUGCUUCGUGCAGAAUAUUGAAUCUAGGAGAUUGGAAGAGACAGCUGAAGGUUACUUGAAUGAUCUCAUUAGCAGUAACGUGGUGAUGGUUUCAGGUAGAAGAUACAACGGAAAAGUCAAAUACUGCCAGGUUCAUGAUGUAGUGCUUCACUUUUGUUUGAAUAAGAGUAGAGAAGAAAAGUUUAUGCUGGCAGUUAAGGGAAAUCCUAACCGAUUUCAAUCUUCCCGUUGGAAGGAUAGACGAGUGGGUUUCAAUUUCAGUACUGAUGAGCUUUUCAGUUUGGGCUCCAAAACUUUCCGCCGACGCUUGAGGUCAGUGAUAAUGACACAUGAAGGAAAUUCUUGUGAUCGGAAGUCCUUCUCUCAGGUUAGUGACAUGAGACUUGUCAAGGUCAUGGAUUUGAAUUGUCCUCGUGACGCUCAGAUUUGGUUAGAUAUAUUCAGACCACUGAUUCACCUGAAGUACCUUGCGGUUCAUUCAAUUGCAAACUAUGAUUGGGUACUAAAUCUUCCACAUCUUGAAACUUUAAUUGUGAGGAAGAUAGCAAAGGGGUCACCGUUACCAACGAAUUUUUGGAAAAUGGAAAAAUUAAGGCAUGUUGAGACUCCUGAAGGUAUUGUUGAUCAGUAUAAGGAUAGGAAGGGGAUGUUUGACGAAUCCUCUAAAUUGGAAAAUUUGAGGAUAUUUAGGUAUGUUUUUAUUAAGGAAGCUGAUAACUUGGAUUUGUUAUUAAGGAAGUGUCCUAAUCUUCAACAACUUGGCAUCUCUUUUAUGAAGGCUCCUACAGAUGACUCAACGUCAGGUGAAGAUGAUUACGCAAAGCCUUUCCGUAUCAAUAUGGAGAGUCACACCCAUCUUGAAUCACUUUGUCUUUUAUUUCCGGGGUCCCCAGUGUUAGGCUUACAAUUGCCUUCAAAUUUAAAGAAGUUGGUACUAAGCAGGGUCCCUGUACAUAGGGUGGUUUCUUUCAUUGUGGGACUACCAGUCCUGGAGUAUCUCCAAUUAAUGAAUUACCAUGGCUGGAAUAAAUCCAAAGAGUGGUGCAUUCCUCCAGAUAUCACGUUCCAUAAACUUAAGUUGUUGAAACUGGUGAACUUAGGUACCACAACAUGGGAUGCUUCAGAUGAAUCCUUUCCACAGCUCGAGACACUAGUUAUAAGUGAUUGUUACAAACUCGAGGAGAUCCCCCGUAGCUUUGCAGAUAUUCCAAAAUUGAAACAGGUUAAGUUGAUUGGGUCCUGGGCAGAUUCUCUUAAGGCUUCAGCUGUGAGAAUAAAGGAAGACAUCAUAGAGAAUGAAGGAAAUGACCGUAUUGAAAUCAUUACCAAAGAUAUGUGGGCAGCACGAAAGCGUCGGUGAGUCCAGCAUGUCUGUAACCACAACAAUGCAAAAGCGCACACAGGCUAUUGUGCAGCUAGCCGAAAUGUCCAUCCUCAAUCAACGAUUGCUAAGUUUGUUUUGAUUGAUAAACUCUUUUUUUUUGUAUGUUUUUGAUGAUUGGAAACCAAAAUAUGAUUUCUUGUUACCUUCAAUAAACAUCAUGCUGUUGUUUGUUUUUGCUUUUAU